CAGCCCCGCCCCGCCCGGCGUCCCUCGGCUUGCGGUCCAGCGCAGCCUGCUCCCCAGAGCUCUGGCUCCGCCGGCGCGGAGACAUGGACCAAUUCUGACAAGAUGUAGUGCUGCAUCGUGCCUGAUGGGAUCUCUUCAGUCAUGGCAUCCGAACUGUGUAAGACGAUCUCUGUGGCAAGGCUGGAAAAGCACAAGAAUCUAUUCUUAAAUUAUAGGAAUCUGCACCAUUUCCCGCUGGAGUUACUGAAAGAUGAAGGGCUACAGUACCUGGAGAGACUGUAUAUGAAAAGGAACUCCCUCACAACCUUGCCAGAAAACCUUGCCCAGAAGCUUCCAAACCUGGUGGAACUGUACCUUCAUUCAAAUAACAUUGUUGUGGUUCCGGAAGCCAUUGGGUCCCUUGUAAAACUCCAGUGUUUGGAUCUUAGUGACAAUGCCUUAGAAAUUGUUUGCCCAGAAAUUGGUCGUCUGAGAGCUUUACGUCAUCUUCGACUAGCUAACAACCAGCUGCGAUGCCUGCCUCCAGAGGUUGGCGAUUUGAAGGAGCUGCAGACACUAGACAUUUCUACCAAUCGUUUGCUAACUUUACCCGAGAGGCUUCACCUGUGCCUUUCUCUGCAGUACCUCACCGUGGACCGAAACCGUCUGUGGUGCGUGCCGCGCCACCUCUGCCAGCUGCCCAGCCUCAACGAGCUCUCCAUGGCUGGAAACCGUCUUGCAUUUCUGCCACUUGAUUUAGGUCGGUCUCGAGAACUGCAGUAUGUGUACGUGGAUAACAACAUCCACCUGAAAGGCUUGCCGUCCUAUCUGUACAAUAAAGUCAUCGGGUGUAGUGGCUGUGGUGCUCCCGUCCAAGUUUCCGAGGGGAAGCUGCUCUCCUUUUCAUCGGGCCAGCUCACCGUGUUCCUCCCCGCCGAGGUGAAGGCCAUCGGCACAGAGAGCGACCACGUCCUGCCUCUGCAGGAGCUGGCCAUGAGGAGUCUGCAUCGCACCUACCACGGUUUUCUGAAAGAUUUGAACUUUCUGUCUCCCAUCUCAUUACCCAGAAGUCUCCUGGAGCUGCUGCAAUGUCCCCUGGGGCACUGUCACCGCUGCAGUGAGCCCAUGUUUACAAUCGUCUACCCCAAGCUCUUUCCCUUGAGAGAGACGCCGAUGGCGGGGCUGCACCAGGGGCGGACAACGGUUAGUUUUGUGGCUUACUGCUGCUCCGCCCAGUGUCUGCAGACUUUUGACCUACUGAGUUGAUAAACACUCAAGAGCCUCAGGAGUGUUGCCAGCCUGACACUGCAGUUGCCUGCAUGUCACACGCUGUUUGGGCAGCAGAGGGACGGGAGAGUCCGGCCGGGCCCAGCAGACCCUUCCAUCCUGUCCUGUCAGACGCAGGGGACCGCAGAACUGCCGGGGCUUCAGAGCUGGAAUGCCUUCACCCUUCCCCCAAGUUGGAAUAUACCCUCCCCCAAACUAAGGACCCUUUGUCUUGUGUGUUUUUCUUGUUUAUUCAAGUGUCUCAUAUGCAAACUGCUUAGUUUGAUGUGACUCUCCAAAUCUAAUUCAAAGCAAAUUUCAGUUCCCUGAAGAACUAUAAUUCGAUAAUGUUGGCAAGUGAACAUUUGAACACAUAUAACUCGGUGACACUUCUAAUUUUCUCUUUCUUCCCCCAGAGGAAAAUUUCACCCGGAGGUUGUCCUCCAUGUUUGUAACAAAUUGGAGCAAACCCCACGGCCUCACCAGUAUUGGAUAGUAGGGGUGGGGGGUUGUUCCCGAGUUGGCAUAGAAGUUAGACCCCAGUGGCGGUUCCGAAGGGCCCUCUCAUGCACCCUCUGCAAAAUCACAACCAUGUUUAAAAGUUUUGCAACGUAUUAAGAGACUUUUGUGAGGGAUUUUAAAAAUAAAAAUGUAGGCUAUAAAUAAAAUACACUCCUAUUUUGAAAGACUAGUCACUGAAAAAUAAUUUUUUGAAAUGUCUGAUUUCCCGAUAAGAUUUUUUCCUAUGAGAAGAGUUGGAGGCAUUUUUGAGGCUUUAAAAGAUCUGAUCCUUUUCUUUCUGGGUCUAAACAUUUUCUGGCUAAGGAGAAAGGAGGAGGCAAAUACAUCAAAACGUGACUUACGGUGUUUCUUGUCCGUUGGGUUUAUGAUUAAAUUUAUAGUGACUGAAAUAUUUUUGUGACGUGAAAAACAGCCUUCAGCUGGUUCUGCUGCUGGUUUGGAGCAGGGUGGCUCUGAGUGCGGCUUGCGCACAUUUAUUUAAAUACCUGAUGCAUUAGGUUACCUUCAUUGCUCCCCUAGAUUUCUUGUGCACUUAACACACUGCUGUCCAGAUACCACUGAGAGGGCACAGGAAAAGCAGGUCCACGCUGAGUCUUGGACUUUUGGAAAAAGGCCGUAAAUGGGAAAUCCACGAUUGUGCCCUGAUAGAAGAAAUGCUCUUAAUGGAGGAGCCCCUUCUUUGCUCCUCCUUUGACAGAAUGGCAUUUUAACGUUGCUGUGCUGCCACAUGUUCUUUACAUGGCUGCAAAGUGGCUCUUUUACGUUUUUACCUGUUUUUAUCAGACAGCGUUGCCUCUAAGGCAGGACGGGAAGGGGGAC